GGGGUGUGUAUAGCCCAGUCUCUGAAGAUCCCGCGUGAACCUAAGCCAGGGGAGUUUGAUAAGAUCAUCAUGCGUCUGCUGGAGACGUCCAACGCCAGGGCUGUCAUUAUGUUCGCCAACGAGGACGACAUACGGUAUUUUGUACAGCCCCCCAAAAAACACACAACUACACCUAUACCUCUAUAGCCUAUCCCUACACCACUACAUACACACCCCUGUACCCUUAUACCCCGAUAUACCAAGUGUCGGUCGUGACUCUAGUCCUGACUCUUUCUCUCUCCCUUCCUCUUUCUCCUUCCCCCUCUCCCUACCCCCUUUCUCUCUCUUUCUAUCCCUCUCUCAGGCGUAUCCUGGAUGCGGCCAAGCACAACAACCAGACUGGUCACUUCCUGUGGGUGGGGUCAGACAGCUGGGGCUCCAAAAUCUCUCCUGUGAUUGGCCAGGAGCUGGUGGCUGAGGGAGCUGUUACCAUCCUGCCCAAACGAGCCUCCGUGGACGGUACAGACAGAAGCCAUUUUAGAUGAUAGUGUUUUGAGGGGAAAGAGUUAAAGACACAGUAUACCCUCAACAAGGUUGACAUCACAUCAUACCAGAUGUUUACAGGUCUGUAUUUACAUGUUAUGUCACUCACUGACCCCUCCUCUACCCCCCUCUCCUCUCUUCUCUUCUCCUCUCCUCUCCUCUCCUCUCCUCUCCUCUCCUCUCCUCUCCUCUCCUCUCCUCUCCUCUCCUCUCCUCUCCUCUCCUCUCCUCUCCUCUCCUCUCCUCUCCUCUCCUCUCCUCUCCUCUCCUCUCCUCUCCUCUCCUUCCUCCUCCUUCCUCUCCUCUGUCAUGUCCCCCUUCCUGUCUUCCUUCCUCCCCAUCUCCCCGACAGCAUUUGACCGUUACUUCCGGAGCCGCUCUCUGUCCAACAACAGAAGGAACGUGUGGUUCGCUGAGUUCUGGGAGGAGAACUUCGGCUGCAAGCUGGGGAUGCAUGGCAAGCGCCCCGGAAGCCCCAAGAAAUGCACAGGUAAGAUAAUAUGGCACUGGAGCACAGGAGGAUGGGUAUUGGCUCAGUACAGUGGUGAAGGGUGGGUAGUGUAG